GCAUCUUAACGCGAAUGCCCCUCAUCCAUUGCGACCUUGGCCGCGCCAGCGAUGACUUCGCCAACGACCUCCAACUCGUCGGAAGGCCGGCGACGCCUGCCUCUUCUGAGGGCGAGUGUCAGGCCGAGCUGUGGCACCGGACUGAUUCUCGGCUUCAACUGGCAGGCGAGCCAAGUGGACGAUCUUCCUGAGCAGCUAGACGCCCGGCUGAUCGAACUCGACCAAACGAAAAUCCGACGAUUCGAAUACGAUUACGAAACUGAGACGGUAUAUCUUGACAUUAUGAGCGAGUUCCCGUUUCAUUAUCAGUUGCUUGUCGCCACCGAGGAUACCACGAUUCGUGACCUGAUACGGUCCGCCAAGGAACAAGGCACGGCUUCUAUUAAGGACGAGAACAAACUCCGUAAGCAAGCUGAUUUUUCGUUCGGUCAGGUCGGUACCCUGCCAUCUCUGGUUUGCGAGAGGAAGGCGCGCCAAUACAUCGUAAGCUUGCAGGCAGCGGACGACUCUGCGAGCCACUGGAUCUUGCAUCACGAACUCUAUCAUGACGAUGACCUCGAUCAACAACCUGUGGGGGCAACAGCCUAUUGUCGCCCCUUCACCGCUGAGUUGGCUGCUGGAAUCAAGAGAAACCCGACGAUCAGUCUGACAUACGAGCGACUGAGGGCCAUCUUUCGCUGGGCUCGCUAUCUACACACCCUGAAAGAGUUCUCCCAAGAGGUUGGUGACGAGGAGGAAAGCCCAUACGAGGAGAUAGAGCGGCGUCUGGCUGAAGAGCGCAUGGAGACCGAGCGACGUGUGGCUGAAGCGCGCAACGAGGAGCGCAUCGAGGUGGAGCGGCGUUUGGCUGAAGAGCGCAUUAAGAUGGAGAGACAUAUCACCGCUGAGAUCGAGCGACGUAUUACCAUGGAGACUGCGCGUCGUGUGGCUGCAGCUCGCUCUGAAGCCGGGUAGCAGUUCGCGAAGCUCUCGUAAUCCGGUUGAGAGAAUGGAUGGAUGGAUGGAUGGAUGGAUUUCAUUUCGCCCGGAGGCACUGAGCCCCUAGUGCCUUGGCACGCUAAAUACAUACAAUUCGGACCGCUUCUCC